AGUUAUUCUGCGCUCUGGCACACUCAGGCGAGAGUGCUCUGAAAUCGCUGUAGAUAGCCAGAGUGAAUUUACAAACGCACCCUUAGAAGCAAGGCAACAGUCAUGUAAUAUAAUUGGCAACCAAUGUUUACUAUUUAACAUUUAAAAUAGUACUCACUUAUAGGAAUGGGUAAUUGUUAACAAUUUGCUAGCUAUCCAAUAAAACCAUCACCGAAGACCACAUAUUUUCAUAUACUUCUGUGGUUUAAUCGUUUCCUGUUCUUUGGACUCAGGCUAGACUGAAGACAAAGCAAAGUUAGCAAAAAUGGAUAGUAUGCAGAGUCUGUCUCGCAAUGGGGUUUUCAAGUUACCUUUUGUAGCAGGUUAGGAGAACGUAGGUAGCAGGUUAUGAUAAUUAACCUCCUCCUCACCUGCCACAUUAAAGUUAAAAGAGACGGGAUUCACCCUAACCGCAGGGGUUUCAGGAUUAUUUCCAACAACAUCAAACUGUUUUAGAGACUGACGGACAGGGCCUGGUAGUGCUCCAGUUCUCCCUGUCAGAAUAAGCAACAGAGGACUUGGAAAGCGUUUCGACUCCUGUAGAAAUGGCACUUUGGUUAUUGAAGUGACAAUAACAGGAAGUGACAAUAACAGGAAGUGACUAGCUGACCAUGGAGUACACCACCGCCACCACCUCGACUGGGGAGCAGAUAGUCGUGCAGACGUCCAAUGGACAGAUACAACAACAGGUCCAGGGUCAGCCCCUGAUGGUGCAGGUGAGCGGAGGGCAGUUGAUCACGUCGUCAGGGCAACCCAUCAUGGUGCAGGCUAUGGGUGGGGGACAAGGACAGACCAUCAUGCAAGUGCCUGUGUCUGGAGGACAGGGACUACAACAGAUCCAGCUACAGGGGGGACAGCAGAUCCAGCUGCAGAACGGCCAGACGAUCCAUCUAGGGGGACAGCAGAUCCAGCUGCAGAACGGCCAGAUGUUACAGCUAGGGGGACAGCAGGGUCAAACCCAACAGAUCAUCAUCCAACAGCCACAACAAGCCAUCACAGCCGGACAGAACCAGGGCCAGCAGAUCCAGUUGCAGCAGGGCCAGCAGCUGGCGCAGACAGCUGACGGACAGACCAUCGUCUACCAGCCAGUCAACGCAGACGGCACUGUCCUCCAACAGGGAAUGAUCACCAUCCCAGCAGGUAGUCUGACGGGGGCCCAGAUGGUACAGACGGGGGGCGCCAACACCACCACUACCAACAGUGGACAGCAGGGCACUGUGACCGUCACCCUGCCGGUCUCUGGCAACAUGAUGAACACCGGUGGCAUGGUCAUGAUGAUGCCCAGUGGAGGUGCGGUGCCUGGUAUGCAGCGUAUCCCUCUACCUGGGGCUGAGAUGCUAGAGGAGGAACCUCUGUACGUCAACGCUAAACAGUACCAUCGCAUCCUGAAGAGAAGACAGGCCCGCGCCAAGCUGGAGGCAGAGGGCAAGAUCCCCAAAGAGAGGAGGAAAUACCUGCACGAGUCCCGUCACCGUCACGCCAUGCAGCGCAAGAGGGGAGACGGAGGACGCUUCUUCUCUCCCAAGGAGAGGGAGGAGAUGGCCCUGGCCCUGCAACAGGCAGAGCUGGCCGCCCAGGCAGGAGAAGACGAUGUAGCCCAGAUGGUCCGAGUUUCUUAACACCUACAACCCCCGACCACCCCUCCGUCAGCCAGUAGAGGCCCUCUGAGCCCCCCCACCCAGCUAGCCAGCACCCAGCUACACCUCUCAUCUCCUAAGAAUAAUAAUAAUAAUUGAUUGGAUUGAUAUAGCACUUCUCCAGACACUCCAAAGUGCUUUACAAUGUAAGGAGGAAACUCAUCCAAGACCUCACCCACCACAAAUAUGUAGUUCCUAUCCAGAUGAUGCCAUGACAGACAUUUUUCCCCAGAAAGAAAGCAUAAACCUAUAUUCUCCCACCACCUCUUGCCCCUAUACAUCAACAAUCUGUUAUCCCUAUGACAGGGGUCCUCCAUGAUGGGCCACUAGGAAUUAACUUUAACCCUUGACCUCCCAGCUCCCUGGUCUUCCAGACCUGGCUCUGUGACUGGCUGCAGUGCCUGAGGUAUUCGGACACACAGCAAGUAAAGAUGUGAAAGGUAAGAUUUACUGGGACUGUAGUGCUCUGUCCUGGAAACCAAGACAACGAUGAGAUGUUUCACCUGCAUAAUACCCUGGUCAAUGACUUCAUGUAUGCCGAAGAAGUCAUAACUGAUGGUAGUUAGUUGCAGAAUACAUUUUGUUUGGUCGUAAAAGCAGCAAAAUCAUUUUGGUGGGUUUCACAAAUGCAAAAAAACAGUUUACAAAUUCAGCUGAAAAAGAGUCAAAAAGAUGGUACAAAAUGAUGGUACACUUAUUUUUGCCCUGUGUGUGUCUUUUUGUUGAAACAUGCACCAUAGAAGCCCAGCCUUGGUCCAUAAGAAUUGUCAAAUAUUGUCUCCAAUAUGAAAAUGGAUAUUAGUUAGAAUGUUUUUUGUAAGCACUUCUCAGCAGGGUCCAAUUUCAAAAUGUUCUCAUAGAGAACUAAUAGAGGAAAAUUGUAAUUUCAGUUUACUUCCUGAAUUGAAAUGGAAUUGACCCCAAGUCUUGCUUUUCAGACGUGUUUUCAAUAUCCAGUACCCAGUUAUUGUCUGUACAGGGAAUGUAUUUUAUACAACUUUUUUUCUUUGUAGCGAAAUAGACGACACAUUUAUGUUGCCACGACGUCUGAAUGACCCGUGUACUUUGCCUGUUUUACUUUAGGGCGUCUUUUUUAAAUAUUUGAAGUGUACAUUUUAUGUUCCAAAACAUUUUUAUUUUUUUUGUGGUUGACAACAUUGUUUCACUGAGCUCAUCUGUUCAUUAAAUUGUAUUACGUUGACUUGAAGUC